AUGCCGCAUAUCAUCUCUAGAACAUCUAGGAUGCCUCAGAGCAGGUGUCAUGUAGGUGUGCCUGAACAUGGGAAUGUCUUCCCAGGUGCCGUUCAAGUGAUUGUGAAGACACCAGACAUCCAGAGCAUCUUCACGGUAGCUAAUGACGCCUCAGUGAAGCAAUUCAAGGAGAGGCUGUCUGCUCACUUUAACUGCCAGCUAGAACAACUGGAACUGGUGUUCAUGGGCUGCCUUCUCAGAGACCAUGACACACUGAGCCAGAGGGGCAUCAGAGAUGGCCAUACCAUCUACGUGGUCAUCAAGUCCAAGCAUGGCUCCAGAUCCCUGGCUCACCCUUUCCGGAACCUGUUAACCAACAGUCCCUGCCAUCAAGACAGAAGCACCAAAGGAAAUAGCAGUAGGGUGUUCCCAUCUGCAGGCAUGAGUCAGACUAAAGUGGAAUCACCCCUUCUCAUGAAGUCUGAUGCACCCAACGUGGGUACUCAAAACCCAGAUGUGGAGAGUCCAGAGCACAUUGCACAGAUGUUGGAGAACAUUUGUGUCCAGACACUGUUGUCCAAUAUGGGUCAGCUGAAUUCAGAAUACCCAGAUAUACAAGAACUGAUACAGCACAACCCAGGAGCCUCCCUUCUCCUCGACAAUUCUGAGAUCCUCGGCCAGACUCUAGAGCUGGCCAGGCACCUUGCCAUCAUCCGAGAGAUAAUGCAGAUACAGCGGCCAGCACAGAACUUUGAGCAUCCACUGAACCCACAGCCAUACCUGGGCUUAGAGAUGAUUCCAAAUGAGGCUUAUGGCCUGGGCCAGAGCUAUAAUUUCAAUGACCAAAUGUUCAGUGGCAUGCAUGAUCUUUUAGGGGACAACUCUUUUACAACUCUUCUGGCUGGACAAGUAGUAGAACAAGUCCAGACUCCUUUCCUAUCUCCAUCGCCAUCUGAGGAACAAUGGGACCAAUUCCCUACUGCCCACGUCACUUAUGCUAAUUCUUGUGGAUUACCAUCUACCAACCCAACACAUGCUACUCCAAACAAUGUUAGCCAUGCUUCCGGGGGAACUCCAGCCACAGCUGCCACCAUGGGCCAAAGCCAUGUCUGCGCUGUUCAGCAGCCAGCUGGGAUUCCAGCCUUGUCCAGCAUAGCAGUCACCAAGGAGCUUCAGGAAGAUGGUAAGGGUACCACCACCUCUUUAGGUAGCUCAGACCAAGGUGUAGAAGAUCUCCAGCAGUCCGAUGAGCAGACCAUCACUCAGAUCACAGGAGGCAUGAUCCGGUUGCUCAGGAACCACCCAUUCAUUGCAGCGCAGAUGCUGCUGCUCAUGAAUAUGCCCCAACUUAAUGAGCAGUGGAGGCAGCAACCUCCUACAGCCUUGCAGCCAUUACAGCUUUCCGAGUUGCUCUCAGCCCUAGCCAACCCUAAAGCAUCACAAGCAAUAUUACAAAUUGAACACGGUCUGCAGCUCUUGGCUACAGAGGCUCCUGUUCUUUUGCCCUGCAUUGAAUCUUACCUAUGGAGUCUAGGUUGGUUUCCUCCUUCCAGCUGUAGCUACCCUGAUCCAAUGCCCUGGGCCUGGAAUGUGCCAGACACAGCUGAGCCUCAGUGGCCUGAAUGCUGCCACAAACCUGGAACAGUCCUUCAGAGAUUACAGCCCUUGUCUGGAGACUCUUCCCAAUCCCAACAAGCUCCCGAAGUUCAUUUCAGGAAACAGAUGGAAUGUCUCCAGGCCAUGGGAUUUGUGAAUUAUCCUGCCAAUCUACAAGCUCUCAUAGCUACUGAUGGUGACAUGAAUGCUGCUAUUCAGAAACUCAAGAGACCUCAGGGACUCUAA